AUGUUAUGCCUUCUUUUUCUCUAUCCCCACCUUUUUGCCUUCAAUCUAUGUUAUGCCUUCUUUCCUCUAUCCCCCUUUUGCCUUCAAUCUAUGUAUGUUAUGCCUUCUUUCCUCUAUCCCCCAUUUUGCCUUCAAUCUAUGUAUGUUAUGCCUUCUUUUCCUCUAUCCCCACCUUUUGCCUUCAAUCUAUGUAUGUUAUGCCUUCUUUUCCUCUAUCCCCCCCUUUUGCCUUCAAUCUAUGUAUGUUAUGCCUUCUUUUCCUCUAUCCCCACCUUUUGUUCAAUCUAUGUAUGUUAUGCCUUCUUUUCCUCUAUCCCCACCUUUUGCCUUCAAUCUAUGUAUGUUAUUCUUUCCUUAUCCCCACCUUUUGCCUUUAAUCUAUAUAUGUUAUCUUUUCUCUAUCCCCCCUUUUGCCUUCAAUCUAUGUAUGUUAUGCCUUCUUUUCCUCUAUCCCCACCUUUUGCCUUCUUUUCUCUAAUCUAUGUAUGUUAUGCCUUCUUUUCCUCUAUCCCCACCUUUUGCCUUCAAUCUAUGUAUGUUAUCCCCCCCUUUGCCUUCUCUUUAUGUUAUGCCUUUUCUAUAUCCCCACCUUUUGCCUUCAAUCUAUGUAUGUUAUGCCUUCUUUUCCUCUAUCCCCACCUUUUGCCUUCAAUCUAUGUGUGUGCCUUCUUAUCCCCCCCUUUGCCUUUAAUCUAUUUUUAUGCCUUCAAUCUAUCUAUGUUAUGCCUUCUUUUCCUCUAUCCCCCUUUUGCCUUCAAUCUAUGUAUGUUAUGCUUUCUUUUCCUCUAUCCCCCCUUUGCCUUCAAUCUAUGUAUGUUAUGCCUUCUUUUCCUCUAUCCCCACCUUUUGCCUUCAAUCUAUGUAUGUUAUGCCUUCUUUUCCUCUAUCCCCACCUUUUUUGCCUUCAAUCUAUGUAUGUUAUGCCUUCUUUUCCUCUAUCCCCACCUUUUGCCUUCAAUCUAUGUAUGUUAUGCCUUCUUUUCCUCUAUCCCCCCUUUUGCCUUUAAUCUAUGUAUGUUAUGCCUUCUUUUCCUCUAUCCCCCCACCUUUUGCCUUCAAUCUAUGUAUGUUAUGCCUUCUUUUCCUAUCCCCCACCUAAUCCCUUCUUUUCCUCUAUCCCCACCUUUUGCCUUCAAUCUAUGUAUGUUAUGCCUUCUUUCCUCUAUCCCCCCCCCUUUUUGCCUUCAAUCUAUGUAUGUUAUGCCUUCUUUUCCUCUAUAUCCCACCUUUUGCCUUCAAUCUAUGUAUGUUAUGCCUUCUUUUCCUUCCCCCACCUUUUUGCUUCAAUCUAUGUAUGUUAUGCUUCUUUCUAUCCCCCCUUUUGCCUUUAAUCUAUGUAUGUUAUCCCCACCUUUUUGCCUUCUUUUCCUCUAUCCCCACCUUUUGCCUUCAAUCUAUGUAUGUUAUUUCUUUUCCCCUUUUUGCCUUCAAUCUAUGUAUGUUAUGCCUUCUUUUCCUCUAUCCCCCCCUUUUUCAAUCUAUAGAUGUUAUGCCUUCUUUUCCUCUAUCCCCUUUUGCCUUCAAUCUAUCCUUCUUUUCCUCUAUCCCCACCUUUUGCCUUCAAUCUAUGUAUGUUAUGCCUUCUUUUCCUCUAUCCCCACCUUUUGCCUUCAAUCUAUGUUCUUUUAUCCCCACCUUUUGCCUUCAAUCUAUUAUGUUAUGCCUUCUUUUUCUCUAUCCCCACCUUUUGCCUUCAAUCUAUGUAUGUUAUGCCUUUUUUCCUCUAUCCCCACCUUUUGCCUUCAAUCUAUGUAUGUUAUGCCUUCUUUUCCUCUAUCCCCCCCUUUUUUGCCUUCAAUCUAUGUAUGUUAUGCCUUCUUUUCCUCUAUCCCCAAAUCUAUGUAUGUUAUGCCUUCUUUUCCUCUAUCCCCACCUUUUGCCUUCAAUCUAUGUAUGUUAUGCCUUCUUUUCCUCUAUCCCCACCUUUUGCCUUCAAUCUAUGUAUGUUAUGCUUCUUUCUCUAUCCCCACCUUUUGCCUUCAAUCUAUGUAUGUUAUGCCUUCUUUUCCUCUAUCCCCACCUUUUGCCUUCAAUCUAUGUAUGUUAUGCCUUCUUUUCCUCUAUCCCCACCUUUUGCCUUCAAUCUAUGUAUGUUAUGCCUUCUUUUCCUCUAUCCCCCACCUUUUUGCCUUCAAUCUAUGUAUGUUAUGCCUUUCUUUCCUCUAUCCCCACCUUUUUUUGCCUUCAAUCUAUAUGUUAUGCCUUCUUUUCCUCUAUCCCCACCCUUCUUUUCCUCUAUCCCCACCUUUUGCCUUCAAUCUAUGUAUGUUAUGCCUUCUUUUCCUCUAUCCCCACCUUUUGCCUUCAAUCUAUGUAUGUUAUGCCUUUUCCUUUCCCCACCUUUUGCCUUCAAUCUAUGUAUGUUAUGCUUCUCUAUGUAUGUUAUGCUCCCCUAUCCCUUUUGCCUUCAAUCUAUGUAUGUUAUGCUUUCUUUUUCUCUAUACCCCCCUCUCGCCUUUAAUCUAUGUAGGUUAUGCUGUCUUUUCCUCUAUCCCCACCUUUUGCCUUCAAUCUAUGUUAUGCUUUCUUUUCCUCUAUCCCCACCUUUUGCCUUCAAUCUAUGUAUGUUAUGCUUUCUUUUCCUCUAUCCACACCUUUUGCCUUCAAUCUAUGUAG